CGCCUUAUUUAUUUAUUUUGCGUGAGGCAGCGGCGGCGCUACAGUGGAGCAGGAGGAGGACAAGCCCGCUGCGUUAUUGUCGAGUUCACGGUCUUCAGUGCCGUCUUUACGCUUCAGUACACGGACGGGCACUGCAGCUGGGAGAGCAUACAGACUAAUAACUGUUCACUGCAAUCGGCUAUAACGCGGUUUUCCUCUGCAAAACAACAACGCGAACAUCGACACGGACAGGCUCGCACCUGCCACGGAGCAUGGACAACAAAGACUGAUCCAGCACUGCGCUGUGCGGCAGCAAACCGAAUCAGGCUGCCUACGAAACCUCCAAGUAAUCAAUUUAUUUAAAAGUCUGUGCUGCACACAAGAGGCUGGUGCUGCGAGAGGAGGUUUGUGUGCACGAAGUGUGGUGUUUGACUUCCAUAUUGUAGGCCGAUCCGAUCUGAAUCGUGCCUGGCAGGUUUAAUUAUAGCAACAUUUGCGUGCGCGUCUUACUUUCGCUCGGACGUCCAAUAGUAGACGAUAUUUGAAGGGUCGAGGAGGAGAAUAUCAGGCCUCCAUCGGUGUUUUUAAUAAUUGAAUAAUCCCUGCUGGACACAAUCACACAUCUCGGUCGGACCAGGUUGAUGGUCGCCGUCAGAAAUCCUGUGUGUUCAAUGUUCCCUUAAAAAAAAACAAAAAAAAAACAAAAAACGGGAGAAGUAUGUGGAUCAGUCCCGAAGAUGUGUUACUGGCGGGUGCAUUAUGGAUCACCGAGAGAGCAAAUCCAUAUUUCAUCCUGCAGAAACGGAAGGGCCACGGGGAUGGAGGCGGAGGACUGGCGGGUUUGCUGGUUGGGACCCUGGAUGUCGUCUUGGACUCAAGUGCUCGAAUGGCCCCAUAUAGGAUCCUGUACCAGACUCCAGACUCUUUAGUUUACUGGACUAUUGCUCAUGGAACCUCCCGUAAAGAGAUCACAGAGCACUGGGAGUGGCUGGAACAUAACCUGCUGCAGACUCUCUCCAUCUUUGAGAAUGAGAAUGAUAUUACCACCUUUGUCAAAGGAAAGGUCCAGGGCAUCAUUGCAGAGUACAACAAGAACCAUGAUGUCAAAGAGGACGACGACACAGACAAGUUCAAGGAGGCCAGCGCCAAGUUUCGCAAGCUGUUUGGGAUGCCGGAGGAGGAGAAGCUGGUCAACUAUUACUCCUGCAGCUACUGGAAGGGCAAGGUGCCACGACAGGGAUGGCUCUACCUCAGCAUCAACCACCUCUGCUUCUACUCCUACUUACUAGGAAAAGAAGCCAAACUGGAGGUGCGCUGGGCAGAUAUCACCCAGCUAGAGAAGAGCGCCACCCUCCUGCUGCCCGACGUGAUCAAGGUGAGCACCCGCGUCAACGAGCACGUCUUCUCCGUCUUCCUCAACAUCAAUGAGACCUUCAAGCUGGCGGAGCAGCUGGCCAACAUUGCCAUGCGUCAGCUCCUGGACAACAAAGGCUUCGAGCAGGACCGCUCGCUGCCCAAGCUCAAAAAGAAGUCACCCAAGAAGGUGUCGGCACUCAAGAGGGAUUUGGAUGCCAGAGCUAAGAGUGAGCGUUACCGGGCGCUCUUCCGUCUGCCCAAAGAUGAAAAACUGGACGGACACACGGACUGCACCCUGUGGACCCCCUUCAACAAGAUGCACAUCCUGGGACAGAUGUUUGUUUCCACCAACUACAUCUGCUUCACCAGUAAGGAAGAGACGCUGUGUAGCCUCAUCAUCCCUCUACGUGAGGUGACCAUUGUGGAGAAGGCAGACAGCUCCAACGUGCUGCCCAGCCCGCUUUCCAUCAGUACCAAGAAUCGUAUGACUUUCCUGUUUGCUAACCUGAAGGACCGAGACUUCCUGGUCCAGAGGAUUUCUGACUUCCUGCAGCAGACCAGCUCCAAGAUCUACCUAGAAAGAGAACUUACUGGCAGCCUAAACAGCUCAGACGACGAGGUUUACUCCCAGCAUGGAUCUCUGCUCUCGAGCAGCCCACAGCACAGUUUGGGCUCCGAAAGCGAGCGUACGUUCAACCUGAACGACAGCAGCGUGCCCACGGCCACGCAAGCCCUCAUGACCAUGUACCGCCGCCGCUCACCUGAGGAGUUCAAUCCCAAACUGGCAAAGGAGUUCCUGAAGGAGCAGGCGUGGAAGAACCACUUCGCAGAGUAUGGACAGGGAGUGUGUAUGUACCGCACUGAGAAGACGAAGGAGCUGGUCCUAAAGGGGAUUCCUGAGAGCAUGAGAGGGGAGCUCUGGCUGCUCUUCUCUGGGACGAUCAACGAGAUGGCCACCCACCCCGGCUACUAUGAAGACCUGGUAGAGAAGUCGAUGGGCAAAUACAACCUGGCAACAGAGGAGAUAGAGAGGGACCUGCACCGCUCUCUCCCCGAGCACCCAGCCUUUCAGAAUGAGAUGGGCAUCGCUGCCCUCCGCAGGGUCCUCACAGCCUACGCAUUCAGAAACCCCAACAUUGGAUACUGUCAGGCUAUGAAUAUUGUGACAUCUGUGUUGCUGCUUUAUGCCAAAGAAGAGGAGGCGUUUUGGCUGCUUGUGGCGCUCUGUGAGAGGAUGCUGCCUGACUACUACAACACUAGGGUUGUAGGAGCCCUAGUCGAUCAGGGGGUGUUCGAGGAGCUCGCCCGCGAGUAUGUUCCUCAGCUGUACGACUGCAUGCAGGACCUUGGGGUCAUCUCCACUAUCUCGCUCUCCUGGUUCCUCACCCUCUUCCUGUCUGUCAUGCCGUUUGAGAGCGCAGUGGUGGUGGUGGACUGCUUUUUCUUCGACGGCAUCAAGGUCAUCUUUCAGUUGGCACUCUCCGUGCUGCACGCCAACAUCCACCAGCUUCUGGGCUGCAAGGAUGACGGAGAGGCCAUGACCGUACUGGGCAGAUACUUGGACAGUGUGACCAAUAAGGACAGCACCCUCCCUCCCAUCCCCCACCUGCACUCCUUACUGACAGACAAUGGAGAACCACAUCCAGAGGUCGACAUCUUCAAACUGGUCCGCAGCUCCUACGAGAAAUUUGGUUCAAUCCGUGCAGAUGUGAUUGAACAGAUGCGUUUCAAACAGAGACUGAGGGUCAUCCAAACCAUUGAAGAUACAACUAAACGCAACGUGGUUAGAACUAUUGUAACAGAGACUGCCUUCAGUAUUGACGAGUUGGAGGAGCUCUAUGUGCUCUUCAAGGCGGAGCACCUGACCAGCUGUUACUGGGGCGGCAGCAGCAACCCCACAGAGCGCCAUGACCCCAGUCUGCCCUACCUGGAGCAGUACCGCAUCGACGUGGAGCAGUUCAAAGGCCUGUUCAAUCUGCUGUUCCCCUGGGCCAAUGGAGCCCACUCAGACCCCCUGGCUGUGCACUUCUUCCGUCUGCUUGACCAGAACGGAGAUGCCCUCAUCAAUUUUCGGGAGUUCAUCAGUGGCCUGGGUGUUCUGUGUCACGGGGAUCUUACUGAGAAGCUGAAGCUCCUCUACAAGAUGCAUGUUUUACCUGAAGUCAUCCAUGAACAGGAAGAGCCUGACUCGGCCUUUGAGGCCACUCAGUACUUCUUUGAAGACAUCACUCCAGAAACGUCCAUCGGUCAUGACUCAAAGUGCAGAAGCGAGAGGGAUGAUGGCUUUGUCAGAGUUACAUUUAAGACUGAAAAAGUGAAGAAACUGAACACUCCUGACUGUCGCCAUUACCUGAAACUGUGGAACCAGGAGACAAAACCUAAGAUAGAAAACACAAAAGACCUCCCCAAAUUGAAUCAGAGCCAGUUUAUCGAGCUUUGUAAGACCCUCUAUAGCAUGUUCAGUGAGGAUGUUGCAGAACAGGAGCUCUAUCACGCCACAGCGACAGUCACCAGUCUGCUGCUGGAAAUGGGAGAGGUUGGUAAGCUCUUCUCCUCCUCUGGCAGAAAGGACCACAACAUGGAGGGUAAAUCAGAGCCGAGCAUGCGCAUGAGAGAUGCCACAGAACCCAAAACCACCCAGGAGGCCAUGUCUGAUGGCGUGUUCCAGCAGCGGGACCAGAGUGACGCCUUUGUCCCUGCAGGUCUGGAGAACAAGCCAAAUCCCUGUGAGGAGGGGAAAGGGGACAAAGGGAGCGAGCAGCUGCCACCUAUGCAAGACAUCAAGCUGGAGGACUCGUCUCCCAAAGACAUGGGCACAUCAUCCGCCAUGCUCAUCUCGGAUGAUGAAACCAAAGAUGACACCUCAAUGUCAUCUUACUCAGUGCUCAGUGCAGGCUCCCAUGAGCUGGAUGAAAAGCUGCAAUGCGAGGACAUUGCAGACGACACGGUGCUGGUGCGCAGCAACAAUGGCUCCAACGGUGAAAGAAGUAACCGGCCUCACGGCGGCGGACCCCACAACAGAGGGCUGCCUCACAGCACCAGCAUUGAUAAAGACUGGGCCAUCACGUUUGAGCAGUUCCUGGCCUCUGUGCUCACCGAGCAGGCCCUGGUGCAUUAUUUUGAGAAGCCAGUGGAGGUGGCAGCUCGCAUAACUAACGCCAAGAAUGUGCGUAAAGUUGGGCGCCCCCUGCUGUCAGCAAGUGACUAUGAGAUCUCGCUAUCUGGCUGAGGCCUUUUUUAAGGGCGGUUUCACACAAAGACUUCUACUGUUUUAAAAGGGAAACACGAUUAUCAGUCAUUGGUGUAAAAAUGUGUCAGUGAGUUUUAGAGGAGAAUGAAGGUAAAUGUAUGUGUAUGAUAGUUGAAUGAAUGUGACCAAAAACUCUUAGCAAUGUAUUUUACCAGAUGUGAAAGACUUUUAUUAUAACAAUCACUAGAUUCUGUCCAGCUAAGAGGGAACGGGACGUUAAUAUUUAGGUUUGCUGAGAUGAAAUCAGUGUGUACAUGUAGUAGCUGUACUUUAUAAGAUAUUAUGCAUAGGUGUUGAUAUUGUAAUCUCUAGUACUCUUAGGCUAUUUAGAUGUAAAUGUCCACAGAAACAGUACAGUUCUAAACUGGGAUAUUGAUAGUCUACGUACGAUCACCUAACAUUAUAUCUGGUCAAACUAUUGAUUCCUUACUUUACAAUUCCAUUUGUGUUAAUCACAAAUUAAGUUUUUAGUUUGUCAUUGAAUGACUAUAUGGAAAAAUACAAAACAAAGCUGUGAAAAUUCCAUGAUAAAGUGAAUUUUCAUAUACUAUUGUGUAAACUUUCUUCAGCUACACAUCUCAUGCUCCACAGCAAUGUGACACUUUGGCAGAAACUAUUCUCUUUUUCACACACAUGCAUAUCUACGACUUCCUGAACAUUUACUCUCCAAAAUAAUGUUCCCGAUAAUUGUGCCAGUUCUCCAGUUAUUUUUGGUAAUCGCAAACAACUUAUACAAUAAGUGACGGAAACAGAAAAAAUGACAACCACAUUUUAUUUUUUUUAUUUAUUUUUUUUUACUCAAAGAAAAACAACUCACACCUGAUGGGUAAGGAAUUCAAAGGAAGGUAUGUGCGCUAAGAAACGAUGAUUACACUAAAAAAAUUAUGUUGAACGAAUGAUGCUGCACUUUCUUUACGUUUACAACAUAAUGUGAUCCACUAACAUGUAUUUGCUUGCCCAGCUUCACUCCAAAACUAAAAUGUUUGCCUUUUUUAUUAUAUAUUUCUUUUUACAUGUUUUAACCCUUUUUGCUCUGUACAUUUUUACAUUGCUUUUUCAAAAGUUGUUUUUAUGUGAAUAAUUUUUAUUUAAAAUGUCCAGGUGUUAUUACUCUGGAUUCUGAUGCAUUGUGUAUCACUCCAUAUAAUUAAAAUUACAGUAUGAUUGACUAGAUGCUGCACAGUA